GCCUAGCGGACUUCAGCUGUUUGCCUGUCAUAUGGAUCGUCUUUCUUGUUAGCAGUGUUACUGUCAUUUCGCUCUGAACUGACAGCACAAGUCUGCUAUUAAUCGAAAUUGAAUAUUCAGUCAGAGUCAAGGAAAACGGACUGGUGACGCGUCUUUGAGGUUCAUUGAAAACUUCAAGGUUCAACAUGAUUGGAGGUCUUUUCAUUUACAAUCACAAAGGAGAAGUCCUAAUAUCACGUGUCUAUCGUGAUGACAUUGGUAGGAAUGCUGUUGAUGCCUUCCGAGUAAAUGUCAUUCAUGCAAGGCAGCAAGUCCGAUCACCUGUUACCAACAUUGCCAGAACCUCCUUCUUCCACGUUAAACGUGCCAACAUAUGGGUUGCAGCCGUCACCAAACAAAAUGUCAAUGCCUCAAUGGUUUUUGAGUUCCUAUUGAAGGUUACUGACUGCAUGCAGUCAUACUUUGGCAAGGUAUCAGAAGAAAACAUCAAGAAUAACUUUGUCCUGAUCUAUGAGCUUUUAGAUGAAAUUCUUGACUUUGGCUAUCCUCAAAAUACUGAUACUGGAGUUCUAAAGACUUUCAUUACUCAACAAGGUAUUCGUACGCAAACGAAAGAAGAACAGGCUCAGAUUACAUCUCAGGUGACUGGACAAAUCGGCUGGCGACGCGAAGGCAUCAAAUACCGACGAAACGAACUCUUCCUCGAUGUUCUCGAGUACGUCAACCUGCUCAUGUCGCCACAAGGUCAAGUACUUUCAGCCCAUGUGGCUGGCAAAGUAGUGAUGAAGUCCUACUUGUCAGGCAUGCCUGAAUGCAAAUUUGGGAUCAACGAUAAGAUCAUCAUGGAAGCUAAGGGUAAACCCUCGGCGGAUGAGUCUGCUGCUCGCACUGGCAAGACGGCCAUUGUCAUCGAUGAUUGUCAGUUCCACCAGUGUGUUAAAUUGUCUAAAUUCGAGACGGAACACUCGAUCAGCUUUAUUCCCCCUGACGGAGAGUUCGAACUUAUGAGGUAUCGAACGACCAAGGACAUUUCGCUACCUUUCCGGGUUAUCCCGUUGGUUCGCGAAGUGGGACGAACCAAGAUGGAAGUCAAAGUGGUCGUCAAGUCUAACUUUAAACCUUCACUUCUGGCACAGAAAAUUGAAAUACGCAUUCCAACGCCUCUUAAUACAUCGGGCGUUCAACUUUUGUGCAUGAAAGGCAAAGCCAAGUACAAAGCUUCAGAGAACGCCAUCGUUUGGAAGAUCAAACGGAUGGGAGGUAUGAAAGAAUCGCAACUUUCAGCUGAAAUUGAGCUUUUGCAAACGGACACAAAAAAGAAAUGGACUCGACCCCCUAUUUCUAUGAACUUUGAGGUCCCAUUUGCACCAUCCGGGUUCAAAGUCCGAUACUUGAAAGUCUUUGAGCCCAAGUUGAACUAUUCUGACCACGACGUUAUCAAAUGGGUGCGUUACAUCGGACGUAGUGGCCUCUACGAAACGCGUUGCUGAAAAUGACGAAAAACAGCACGAUUCAUUUCGUUGAAGAUGAAACUCAUCUCCAAUCUGUUUCUCCCUCAUGAUUAACCCAUCAUUUACUGCUCGUUCGAAAGAAGAAAAGAAGAAGAAAGAUCUUUGUUAGUCUUGUCUUAUACACUAGGUCGAUGUUGUUGCUGAGCGGUGCGAGACAUGAAUCCUGCUAAUGGAAAGUAGCUCGGCCUGUUAAGUUUCUUGCAUCCAGGAUCAAAAUUCUGUUUUGGAUAAAUAUUCAGACGCUUGUACUCUCAUCCUCCUUCUUCCUUCUUUUUUUCAUCCAUGUUGAGUGUGCGUUUCGAGUACGUCGUCGGAAAUCUUCCUUCAUUUCUAUAUCAUUGUUAGUGCGCAGAGAGUUAAAUUACCCUUUUUCCAACCACAGCAUAGUCGUCUUGACCGGAUUGCGUUGUUACUGCUUGGAUUAGCGGUUCGCGUUCUCUCUCUGUUUGUGCGCGUGAUUUAUAUGUUAUAUGUUUUGAUUUACCCAGUUUUUUUUUUUUUUUGUCUGUGCACAUUACAUUAGGGAUGAGUAACUGAG